GAGCGUGGAGGAACAAUAGUGCCCUUUGGAACAGUCAUGAAUCAAGCUUGAAGGACUAUCUUUAAAAAGGGAAAGUUCAAAGUCACUUUAAAGGACACCUGUGAUAGACACAAAAGACUCGCAUAGGACCACCAACGCACUGAAUUCACCGUGCAAGAUGGCUAAAGAGGCAAAAAUGCUUGUAGCUUAACCAUCACUGCACCUCCUCUUCACCAUAUUCUCCUCCUCCCAUCAGUAUCCAAUCCCCUUCAGCCCUUCUCUCCAGCCCUCCACCACAUCACACAUAUAGUCUUUCCCCACAACAUCCACCCACACGCACAAACACAGCCACACACAUUUCUUCUUCAUUUCUCUCCCUCACUCUCUCUCUUACACACAUACACGCCCUCCUGCCUGGAGAUUUGAAGAUGUGACUUAGGCUGGUUUGUAAUCAGAUGAAAGAGGAGUAUAAUCUAGAAGCCAUCUUUUGCUCACUGCUGGAGUGGGGAUGUUGAAGGCGAGGACAAGGGCCAGGAUGAGUGACAUGUGAUGGAGAGAUUGUGAAAAUAAGAGACUGCAGACUGAUUCUCCCUUUAAAACAACCUGGACUGACGCCACACUCUUGGGAGUCUGAGAUGACCGCACAGACCAUUAUAGAGAGAGUGGGCAGGUAGAGACGAGGCAGAGGAGACAGAGAGGACAAAGAUCAAAAAGGAUUUCAAACUGCAACUGUGACUGGGACACAAGCAGAUUUCCAAUGGCGGAGACUGGGCGCACUGUUUCGGAACGGUUCCAACCUUGGGGCACAAUCCCGCCAGAAACUGUUGUCGCAGCUGAGUGCAUUGUCUCUCUCUCGAAGACUUCAACAGAUGUCAAGGUCUUCCUCCAACCUGAAGAACUACUAAAGAGCUCAACUGAAGCAUCAUGCUCAUCAAAAGACCUAAAAGAUAGUAGCCAGAAUGCCGCACAAGCUUGCAAUACCAUCUCUGACUGUAUGACUGGCCAACAAGAUUCAAGUCGCCACUGUAUUCCUGAGCCCCACAUGUCUGAUGGAGUGGGUUCACAGCCAAGAGACAUAACGAGCCAUCAGAAUAAACGGGCAUGUAGAGCAUCACUGACAGUGCACAGAGAACAUGUCUUAUUCCCUCACAAGGACCUGAAAGAAAACAGCCAGUUAUCAAUACAGAGAAGCCAUUCUGACAGUUUGCAGAUUUUCAAAGAAAGUGCUGCUCCUCCGCACUGCUGUGAAACUGGUUCAUUGUUUUGCCAUGGAAAAGACCAGGAAGCUUGUGCACAGUCAUUCCCUUCUUUAGUGUGUAAACAGGCCAUGCCUCUUCAGCAAAGCAAUACGGUUACCAUGUCCACCAGAGCAAGAAGUAGUGGAUCAGGCAGCCCGACUCAGCCAGCGAAACAAGGCUACAUUCAGAUCUGCCCAUCUGGCCAAAUACAAGUGCCUAAUGAGAUCAUUCCAGAGUCCACCUGUCCCAAAUGUGAAGAGGCUGUUUGCUGUAACUCACACUUCCACCAUGGAGCUGUAGAGGACACAUUUGCUGCAUACUGUCACCCCCAGCCCAUUCCUGCCCCGGCUCAGCUGCUGCCACACUUAGUUGGGAUGGAGGAGACCUACAGGGGCCAGGUAGCUGCAGGCAGCUUGCUAACUCUCCCUCGGCUCAUCUCCUCUGUCAGCGAGACGGGAUUGGAUAGAAAGCGACUGCUCCACUGUUGCAAUCUGGAUUGUUCUUGGCCAGGUCCAUUACAUCCAAGUGGGACUCAUAUGGAUGGAAAGACCACAAGGGAAGUGGAGACCAUGACCUCACAAAGAGAACUGAGGGAUAUAGGGGUGCAAGUGGGUCAGGACUUAGAGGAACCUCCCCAGCACAUGUUCCCAGAGGUGUGCCUAGUUGAGGAGAAAACGAAUUUGAGUGGUAAAAUGGUGUCAAAGAGUCACAAGUCCCCAGUAAGGGAGGUGAAGUGGGAUGCAGAGGGCAUGACUUGGGAGGUGUAUGGGGCCUCGGUUGACCCUGAAGAACUUGGACAUGCAAUUCAGCGACAUCUGGAGCUGCAGAUUAAAGAGACUAUGGGAGUAGCGGCAAAGCUCUCGCGUCAGAACACAACAACAUCUCAGCACAGCUCAGGAUCAAAGCAUAGGAGAAAAAAGGGGUUAUUGGAAUUGAUUCGCCGUCCUGGCUGUUGUUCUCGCACCACCAGUGCCGUGGACUAAAGGGCCAGCCAUACUUGACUGAGACCUCAAGCAGACAUUUAUAAUGCUCUUGGAUAGGGCUUUGAAAGCCAAGUGAAGAACAAAACUUGGUCAGAUUACAAUAAAAUAAAACUGUCCGGGUUUAGACAGGUAAGUAAAAAAGAACAAAAAUAGGUAAUUUGUAGCAACAGUACUCAGUAUUUGUCCUUGAAUAACAGAACUGUGUAAUAAGUAUUUGGAACAAUCAUGUGCCUAUGUCUUCCUUUGAUUUCUAAAACCUCACUUAAUAGUUGAAGUAGUUUUUUCUCAUGCUAAUGUUGAAUAAUUUAGAGAAAUUGUGGGUUAUUUCAUAAUAGAGAACUGCUAUCCUUGGUAUGUGUUUUCCAUCAUUCAACAAAGUUGAUUCUGAAGUUUCUGUCUUUCAUCAGUCUAUGUGGGUUUGUGUCCAUUAAACCAAAAAGUUUUUUUUAUUUAAUUUUUUGAAAGCCCUGUGAUUGAGGUUAGAAAAUACAUGAACGGUGGCUCCACCUGCUGGUCAAAUCAUUACAGUAACACUGAAGUUAAUGAAAACAUGUACAUGAGUGACAGUGUUUGAAAAUUGCUUAAUCCAAUCUACAAUUAAAUAUUACAAUAGAAGAGGCAUCAGAAGUGUUAAUUAUUAAAAAGAAUUAAGCUUGUGAGCACAAAAUGUGAUCUAAAAUGUAAUAUGAAAAAUAACAUAUAAUGUUUUUAUUUUUUUUUUCACUUUUAAUGAAGAAUUAGCAUUUGAUUAAAUGGAUAGUUCACCCAAAAAUGAAAAUUCUCUCAUUUACUCACCCUCAUGCCAUACCAGGAGUGUAUGACUUUCUUUCUUCAGCAGAACACAUUUGAAGAAAAAUACAAAAAUAUCUUAGCUCACGAUUUCGAACGAUUUCGCCUCAACGCCAUCCGACCAGCUUAAAAUAGGGGAAAAAUCCUGUCCGGUAUUGAUUCGAUACGGUGACAACCCUAAUUGGGAGUAAACAAACAUAUACAAAUAGAGAUCUGAAUCAAAACCAACAAAGCUUCUGUACAGCGUUCUUUCUACUCAAUUGUAUACAGCACUGCUCUUCCGGGUGUGUCGCAUGUGCGUCAGUUCUCGCGUGAACAUGCGUAUACUGCUGCUGACCGGAAGUGAUGCUUUAUAGUUUAAAAGUACUUAAAUAUUUAUCUUUUUCACACCAAAAGUGAUCAUGUCUCUUUGGAAGACAUUCAUUUAAUUGCUGAUGUCUGUGAUUUUUGAACCUUCAAAAGAGAAAUCUCCAUUUACUUGCAUUUUAAGGACCUGCUGAGUGAUGUUUUUCUAUUUUUCUUCAAAUGUAUUCUGCUGAAGAAAGAAAUUCAUACACAUCUGGGAUGGCAUGAGGGUGAGUAAAUGAUGAGAGAAUUUUCAUUUUUGGGUGAACUAUCCCUUUAACUACAGUACAGCAUAAAAAGGAUGUUGGCAUAUAAUUUUCAAGGUGAUCAAUUGUUUGUCAUGCAUUGUGAAAACCCUUGGGCUUCUGGAAAAUAACAGAGAGGAUUUAUACAGUAUUCUAAGUAACAAGCUUUAACACUUGGACGUAGAAUUGUGUAAUAGAACAAUGUACAUACAUUAUUUGUCAAAGCAAAUCAAAUGUGCCACCAGCAGCCUUUUUUUUUUUUUUGGUCCAUGUAUUCUAUUACAAUAAAAGCAAUACUCCACAUCAUAUGUGAUACGAACACUCAGUAGGCUAUAUGUAAUCCUAAACAUAUUAAAUGUUUUUGUGGCUACAUUAUAUCAAGUAACCACUAUGCUUGCAAACUGGCUGUACAUUGCUUUAUAUUAACUAUAACAUGACUUUGCUUGUAGCUUUGAGUAUUGUCUACCACUAU